GGCAGGAGGACCUGGUACGGGAACGGGAGGAAGAGGGAAGGAAGUAGCUGCAGCAGCAGGAAGUGGGCGGUCCCCUAAGAAAAUCCUGCCCCUCCUUGAAGAAACGGGCAGCCCAGUCUGGCUUUUUGCUUUCGUUAGUGCAGGCAGUAGGAUAAGCUGGAAGCGGCGAGGAAGCAACAGGUGCUAGGACCGACCGCACAGUUGAACUGGGCUGCAGGGAUCUCAGCCGCGGAUGGGAAGCCUGCCAGUUGACUCGUUUGUUUCCAAACUCUCACUCCAACCAGCCGGGAAGAAGAAGAAGAAGGAAAUUUGACUCUGAGGAGUGUAUGACCCAAGCGAUAUAUUUUAACAAGAAAAAUUCCAAUUGAAAAUUGGAACAAACUUCCUAAAAGUAAAAGCAGUUUCACAGUGGAAACUAUUACUCAGAAAAUUAACCUGUUUCACUUCAUUGGUUCUGUUUAAAAGAAGGCUGAGAAACCAUCUGUUGUAUAUAUUUCAUUUUGAAUUCCUGCACUGAUCAAGGAAAAUGGUUUGAGAGCUUCGUGGUCUGAUAAUGCAGAGUGCCACUUCUUGGGAUGGUCACUUCAUUGCUUCAUUUGAUUCCCUGGCUCUGAGUUCCUAUUGUGAUUUCCAGGAUCCUAUGGAUACUGCCUGGUGUCUAUCCUGAAUAAAGGUGCAGAGGAAUGGGCACUCCCACUUUGGCUUUCUGGACAUGGGAGUUUGAAUAAAGAUGCAGCUGUAAUCCUCGGCUGUGUGUCUUAUUGAAAGGACCUAAUGUUUUACAUUAUUGGUGGGAUCACAGUGGUAUCUGUGGUAGCUUUCUUCUUCACCAUUAAGUUCCUCUUUGAGCUUGCCGCACGUGUAGUCAGCUUCCUCCAGCAUGAAGACCGGGAACGUCGAGGAGAACGGACCAUUUAUGACUAUGUGCGAGGCAAUUACUUGGACCCCCGCACUUGUAAAGUCUUCUGGGAUUGGAAGGAUCCCUGUGAGGUGGGACGUAGUAUGGCCUUCCGAGUGCAUUUGUUUUAUAAGAAUGGCCAGCCUUUCCCUGCUCAUCAUCCUGUUGGGCUGCGAGUUCACAUCUGCCAUGUGGAGUUAGCAAUAGAUAUUCCUGUCACCCAGGAAGUACUUCAAGAACCCAGUUCCAAUGUGGUAAAGGUGGCAUUCACUGUGCGCAGAGCUGGGCGGUAUGAAAUAAGCGUAAAACUUGGAGGCUUGAAUGUUGCGUAUAGUCCUUACUAUAAAGUAUUUCAACCAGGGAUGGUAGUUCCCUCGAAAACCAAAAUUGCCUGCCAUUUCUCCACCCUGGUGCUGACAUGUGGGCAGCCACAUACUUUGCAAAUAGUUCCCAGAGAUGAAUAUGAUAACCCUACUAGCAACUCAGUAUCAUUGAUAGAUGAGCACAAUUACAGCCUCUUGAUCCAUGAACUUGGCCCUCAGGAAGAAGAGCCUUCUGAUGUUUUGUUUGAAAAGUCUGUGAUGUCCAAUCAACAGACCUGCCAAGUUUUCCUGCGACUCACCCUACUGCGUAGGGGUUGUUUCCGUGCCUGCAUCUCUUACCAAAACCAGCCUAUUAGUAAUGGAGAGUUUGACAUAAUAGUUCUCAGUGAGGAUGAAAAGAACAUCGUAGAGCGUAAUGUUUCUACCUCAGGGGUCAGUAUCUACUUUGAAGCCUACCUGUAUAAUGCUAAUAGCUAUACCAACACCCAGUGGCAUCUUCCACCCCUGAAUUUGGGCUCCUUUCAGCGACGACUUUCCACUGCUACUGAGGAUGAGGAUGAAGACUCUCCUUCUGAUAGCCCGACCCCUGAAAAAGUGAAGAAACCCAAAAAAGUUUAUUGCUACGUUUCACCUAAACAAUUCUCAGUGAAGGAAUUCUACUUGAAGAUUAUUCCUUGGCGUCUCUUUACUUUCCGAGUAUGUCCUGGCACCAAAUUUUCUUAUCAUGGGCCAGAUCCUGUACACAAAUUGCUGACAUUGGUGGUGGAUGAUGGGAUCCAGCCUCCUGUGGAGUUGAGCUGCAAAGAGAGGAACAUCUUGGCAGCCACUUUUAUUCGUUCUCUGCAUAAAAAUAUAGGAGGCUCAGAGACUUUUCAAGACAAAGUCAACUUCUUCCAGAGGGAAUUACGUCAGGUGCAUAUGAAGAAACCUCAUUCCAAAAUUUCUUUGAAAGUUAGCCGCCUUAAUCUGCUGGAUUCAACUCUGAAAGCCACACGGAAUUUUUCAGUUUCUGAUUGGAGCAAAAAUUUUGAAGUGACUUUUCAGGAUGAAGAAGCCUUGGAUUGGGGAGGUCCUCGUAGAGAGUGGUUUGAACUAAUUUGUAAAGUUUUGUUUGAUACAACCAACCAACUAUUUACUCGCUUCAGUGAUAAUAAUCAAGCACUGGUACACCCCAAUCCUAAUCGACCUUCUUAUCUAAGACUGAAGAUAUAUGAAUUUGCAGGGCGCUUGGUUGGAAAGUGUCUUUAUGAGUCAUCUCUAGGAGGAGCUUAUAAGCAGCUGGUGAAAGCUCGAUUCACACGAUCGUUCCUGGCUCAGAUCAUCGGAUUAAGAAUGCAUUACAAGUAUUUUGAGACAGAUGACCCAGAGUUCUAUAAAUCUAAAGUUUGCUUUAUUUUGAAUAAUGAUGUGAAUGAAAUGGAGUUAGUUUUUGCUGAGGAAAAAUACAACAGAAGUGGACAGCUCGAGAAGGUAAUUGAACUGUUAACAGGGGGUGCUCAAAUGCCAGUGACCAAUGAGAAUAAAAUAUUGUACCUGAAUCUGCUUGCGCAGAAUCGAUUAGCCAAUCAAGUUAGAGAAGAAGUGGAACAUUUUUUGAAAGGUCUCAAUGAAUUGGUUCCUGAAAACCUCUUGGCUAUUUUUGAUGAAAAUGAACUUGAGUUGCUGAUGUGUGGCACAGGAGAUAUCAACGUUUGUGAUUUCAAAGCACAUGCUGUGGUAGUGGGUGGUUCAUGGCACUUCCGAGAGAAGGUUAUGCGCUGGUUUUGGACAGUAGUGUCUAGUUUUACACAAGAGGAACUUGCUAGACUGCUGCAAUUUACCACUGGUUCUUCUCAGCUGCCUCCUGGAGGAUUUGCUGCACUUUGUCCAUCUUUCCAAAUUAUUGCAGCUCCAACACAUAGUACACUUCCUACAGCCCAUACUUGUUUUAACCAGCUGUGCCUCCCAACAUAUGAUUCUUAUGAAGAAGUGCACAAGAUGCUGCAGCUGGCCAUCAGUGAAGGCUGUGAGGGCUUUGGCAUGCUCUGACACCUACUGGAGGAACCCACUACCUUCCUUGAUUCUUCAGGGCAAGGCUCAGUCUUACUUCACAGAUCCUUCUGUCGCCCAUCUGAAAGGCAGCAGAGAGCAGAAAAAGGCACUAUGUGAAUUGGAACAAUUCAGAGUCUUAUGCUGAUCACUCCUUUCUCAGCAUGGCACCUGUCCAUGAAUUGGGGUUCACCUGUGGAGUGAGAUUGGAGUUGUAUUUCAUGGACAUGAUCUGUCUGGAAUUUCUGAUGGGAGGAAGCACACAAACCAGUGUUGCAGCUUGGUACAGCAGAUGAUUAGGAUAGUUAUAUAACUUGUUACUUUGGGGAGAUGACUAGAUGAGUUUGGGAGCCCUGAAUCCCCAGAUUACAGGAAGUCUUCAUAUCUUUCCAUGCCUUGACCUAAGUUUUCAUGUAAGCAAUGUUACAGGAAAGCUUUUAAAUUUCUUAGCCACCUUGCACUGCAUGAUGCCAUUUGGUUGUUCUGGUUGGUGAACAAGAACUCUAUUACUGGAGCACAAGUGCUGAUCCUUGACAGUGAUUUUGGUCCUCCACUCAGUAGGUGGAGGAGGAGCUGUUAAAAUGAUGGAAGAGUUUCCACUGAUUUUUGCCAGUGAAGUUAAAGAAUAGUGUAGCCUUCUGGAUGCUGCAAUCUCUCCUGUGGAUGCUCACUAACUGAUUGUGGAAAUUAAGGCUCAUGAGAGUUUGAGUUCAGAAACUCUGGGGAGACUUUUGUUAGCAACCUCUGUUCAGGUAAUAGUAGCAAAAAUAUUAUUUCUUUGUCUUGAGUCAGACAGUUAAACAAGGCAGUUAUUCCAGCAUUUUUCUUUUCUGUGUUCUGCAUCAGAAGCAUUCCAUGAUAUUUUUAGGAGCUGAUAUUGAAGCUGUUUAUUAUUGACAUGGAGGAAGUGGGUUUGUAAGGUAAAACAGUGCACUACUAUUUGAACUAGAAAGGGACAGCUGUAUGAGUUGUCCUAUGUUAUUGAUGUGUAUUUUUCAAUUACAACACUUUUAGGACUCCCCAUUUUCUUGGCAAUAAUGAGUGGGAAUUCAGGGGCCCCAGCUGGCAGCUUAACCAAUUUUUGUUGUCAAAGCCAAAAUCUGAUUGAAUAAUAAGGCUGAGUAUUUUGUUGGCACCUAAAGUGCAUUUAUCCUGGUCAGAGGAGACAGAUACCAAUGACUAGAGAUUAUAGUGUCAUUACCUGCUAAAAGAAGUCAUUCUGCUACACAUUGAGGCUCUAAUUUUCUGGAGAAGAAUGGGUAUAUCUUAUGAUACUAUUUAAUAUUGUGGUUUGCUUCUCCAUCAUCAAUAGAAUCAUUUGCAAAUUAUAAAAAAGAAGACAGUUUGCAAAUCUGCCUCAAAUAUUGUUAACUUUUUAUUUGUUUGAAUGUGUACCGCAUUUAUAAAGAAGUUCAAGCCAUUAUUUUGCCAAAAAUGUUGGACUAUUGAGUAUUGAAAUAAUUCAGGGAUCCCUUCCUUGGGGGGCAUUCUUAGAGACCAAUACUGUAUUUUUUCUCCAUUGGCAGCCAUUUUUUCUCCUUUAAGUAAUUGCUUUUUUAAAAAAAGCAUGUAGGUACCAUCUUGAUUGUAUUAAGAAUAAAUUUCUUGGUCAGUGCAAUUAAGGCUUGUAAAUGCCUUGAAACAUUCAUUGCCCACUGCUCAUCCAGGGGACCAAACAAAGUCUAUGCUGCAUAGCUCAGCCAGGUGAUGAUUUAGAGGGUGGGGUGUUUCUUGAUGCUGUUCCUGUCUUUUCUUUUGCUCCAUUGACCUCCCAAGGGCAUUCCCAGGCAUGGCUGGAGGCUGGCUCUGCUACAUCUUCCUCAGGAAUCCCUUUGUUUCUUCUUUAGACUCAGUUGUUGUUUUUCUUAAAUUGAGGAUUGAGUGGCUGGAUAUUCAGCAGACCUCUUCUGUUUGAAACCACUCUAUUAAUAAAUGCAUUUGGCACUCUUGCCUCUUUGCAGAAGCCAAGGAUUUUCUUUUUACGUAAGCAGAGUCAAAACAGUGGUAGAUGCCCCUUGUUCUUAGCAAAAAAUAUACUCUUAGUGCUUCUCAGCAUUCCCUCAAUUAACAGGGUCACAUUUGUCCCAGUACUUUAUAGUUUCAGCGCAUUUUCCUAAAUCCUUGCUGCUUAAUUCUUUCCUAAACCAGUUAAUAAUACUCCAGUUCUUUUUGUGUGUCGUGAUGCAGGCUGUGCUGUAACCAACUCUAGUGUGUAUGCAUACACAUGUGAGUGCUCAAUAAGUUUUAUUCUUUGGUCCUUGUUUGUUUCACCCAAUAGGGAAUAAUUCCAGGGAUAGAGAUUUAGCUUAUGAUAUAGGCUCCUAUAGAUCUCUCUCUCUUGGAUUGGAUACCAUACCCUAAAUAUGAGACUAUCUUGCAUGCUUUAAUAUCAAGACCUGUUACUUUAGCUUGGUCUGGGCCAGUUCCCAGUGGCCGGUUUCAGGUAGGAUUCAGCAAGAUUAUGUAAGCCUCUAAUGUAAAUAGUUUGUACAAUAAAUAAAAUAUUUGAAAUAUGA